CGACAACUUGGAGCGUUUGGCGUUUGUGUCAGUCUGCAAACUGGAUGAAAAGCGACGCUACAACAUUAUUAAAAGAUUUUUAGAUAUUGGGUCUUGGCUCUGCUCGUCCAGCGAUGUCGGAGCAUCCGCCUUCUUCUCUGCUAGAGGUCUGUGUAGUGGUGGGAGCAUCCCAUGAGAAACUGCAAGAGGUCUGCCAGACUCUUAACAGUCAUCGAAGUGUGGAGCACGUCCUUUUGGAACCAGAGGUCCUACAUGUGCUAGCGCCUCCCUUUGUCAGCAGACCUCAAGCUGAGAGUGAAGCAGUGAGGUCACAUUGGAGGAGGCAUCACUCCUUCCUGAGGAAGAAGCGGAAGCGAGCUCCUUCAGCUGCUACAGCACCCGCACAAGCCCAUCACACUUUUGCAGGUGAAGAUGCAGCAACUGGGAGAGAAGGAAGUGAAGACGUCGCUGUUCCCAAAGACAUCGACCUUAUGGCUUUGCCUCAACUCUGCUUUCCUGGUGGCCUUCAAGUGACCAAUGUCCAGAGAGAGGAGCAGUUCCACUUCCUGGUUUUCACUGACGUCUUCGGCAACAAGUCCCAUGGAGUAGUGAUGCAGUAUUAUCGUCCCAUCCAGGGCGAGAUGUCCUCCUGCCAAAAUGGAGCUAGGAUGAAACUGUUUUGUGCUCACAGUAUGUGUGUGAUAUCCAAGUAUCCAUACUUCACUGCGCUGAAAGAUAGUUUGUCAUGUCUUCUAAUCCAACUCCGAGCUUGUCCUUUUUCUGAUGUUGAGGAGAAAGUGAAGGACUUUGCAGCCAAAUUGGCGCUAGUGCCCACCCCUCCGCCUGGACAACUCCACUUGAUGUUUACCUUGCCUCCUCUGACAAUUGAACUACCAUCCAGAGAAGACAAAGACUGCCCAGUUAUAGAUUUAGACCUUCAUCUACCUUUCCUCUGCUUCCGACCACAAGCUCUUCUGCAGGUGUUAUCAUGUCUCCUCCAGGAGCAAAGGGUGGUGAUCUUCUCUGCCACCUGGGCCCGACUGACGCUGGUGGCAGAGAGCUUGUUGCUUUUUCUGCAGCCUCUAUCAUGGCAGCAUCCUUACGUUCCCGUCUUGGCCAGAGGCAUGCUGGACUUCCUCAUGGCGCCGACCGCCUUCCUCAUGGGCUGCCAUCUCUGCCAUUUUGAAGAAGUUGCAGCUGAAACAGAUGAUCUGAUCCUCAUCAACAUAGAUAAUGGAAGUGUGUCUACUUCCUGUUCUGACACCGUUGACCUCCCAGAAAUCCCCUCACUUGCAGCAGACUGCUUCACACAGAGAUGUCAGUCCCUGCGGAUUCACUUUGACUUGGACCAAUGCCUGCGUGCUAGCUGCACGGACAUCAACGAUCAGCGUGCACAGAGACGAGCGUGGCAGCGCAGUCUCAACCACCACAUCCAGAUAAUCACGACUGAGCUGAUUGUCAACAUAUUCAGGGAUGUUAGCAGUCACUUGAACUACGAACACAGAGUAUUUCAUUGUGAAGAGUUCCUGAAAAGCAGAGAACCAAUGGAACAUCUUUUCUACAAGAAUGUUUUGGAGACACACAUCUUCCAUUCUUUCCUCAGAGACCGCCUCAACAGAAAGAUGGACAAUUUUGCACGAAUGGAACUCAGCACUCGCUCAGAGAUGCAAAAGAUGAAGGCUUCAGUGGCAGUCCCACGCAGACCCACCAUGCAGGAGAUUCGGGCCCGCAAAAAGAGCUCCCUCCCUGAGAACAGGCUGAUUAAUCGACAAGCAAUGAGCCUUCCCAACCUGGGAGAUGACCAAACCAUCAAAUUCCAAAGAAGCGCACUGCUAGCCAGAAUCCUCAUGUUUGAACCCGCACCAAGGAUGCCUCCCAAGGGUGUGGAGGUAUUUAAGCUCCCAGAAUUCCCAGAGACUCUGUCCUUCCAUGCCGUCCAAGGCUAUUACAGAGACCUGAUCCAGCUUCUUGGCAAUGCCAUCAACUCGGUCCAAAAUGACAACGCCUCUCUGCUAGCCAGAUACUACUACAUGCGAGGUUUCAUCAAUCUGCUGUGCCUGCGGCGUCUCGAUGCUCUGGUCGACUUCCAGACGCUCUACAAGACGGACACGGCCAUCUUCCCCACACAGCUGGUCACAUGCCUGGUAGACUCACUCAUACAGGAAGAACAGCAGCAAGCCAACAGACGGCCUGAGCUUGAAAGACUCAUCCUCAAGAUGAAGACGGAAAACCAAAAGCCGUCAGUGCAGCUUGAUGACCACGUCAAGAAGUUUGAGCUCCCCUGCAAAAAUCUGGAUCGAGAGAAGUUUGUGCGUUGCAUCCAGGAGGGCGGGGUAGUUAAAGACGUGGCCACCAUACACCGUUUGUUUGACGCUCUCACUGACGGGGAGUCCAAGCAAGUGGAACCCGAGCUCUUCAAAGGCUUCUACACCUUCUGGAAGGAAAUGGAGGCUGAGGCUCAAGACGUCAAUCUCCCCACCGAUGUCAUCGACCGCCUCGACCACAGCGAGUGUGUCUACAAGUUGUCGUCCUGCGUCAAGACCUCUCACGGUGUGGGUAAAAUCGCCAUGACCCAGAAGCGUCUCUUCUUACUUCCAGAGGGGCAGUCGGGCUUCUUGGAGAUCACAACGUUCAGAGACAUACAGGAAGUGAAGAUUGCUUCCGCUCCUUUUCUCCUGGUUCGGAUUCCCUCUCUCCGGAUCAGGACUUCAGGCAGGCUUGAGGUGUUUGAGGCCAACUUGAAAACAGAAACUGAACUUUGGAACCUUGUGGUAAAAGAGAUGUGGGCUGGACGCAAGAUGGCCAACCAACACAAGGACCCGCAGUACAUGACUCAGGCUCUGACCAAUGUGCUGCUGAUGGAUGCUGUCGUGGGCUGUCUGCACACCCAAAGGUCCAUCUGUGCUGCCUCAAAGCUGGCCUAUUUUGACAAGGUCAAACUUGAAGUGCCCAUGAUGGUGCCUAAAAGUACCUCAGAGACCUUAAAACACAAAAUCAACCCAUCGUUGAACUUGGCAGAAGCGCAGACUGUCCAUGUGCUGCUGUACACUCCAGGUCAGUUGACAUGCAAUGACUCCAAAGAUGAGAUGAACCCUAAGCUGUGGGUGGCCCUCAGUGGGGGCAGAGUGGUUGUAUUUGAUGCUGCAAGCUGGUCCAUGCUCCAGGACUCCAUCCAGGUUGGCGAGUCCCAGCUGAACUGCAUGCUGGGGUUGGUCCAUGAGCAGGUGUGGAUUGGCUCGCAGGACUCUGUCAUCUACAUCAUCGACACUCACAGCCUGUUCUGCAACAAACAGCUGACAGAGCACAGAUAUGAGGUGACUGGACUCACGCAGGAUGCAGGAGAUCAGCACAGCAGUCUGCAGACAUACUCGUGCAGCCGUGACGGAACAAUUCUGCAGUGGGACUCGUCCAGCCUAAAAGUGACUCGACAGUUUCAGCUCAGCUGUGAGCGUCUCUCCUUCAUACACAUUCACGGCGAUGCGCUGUGGUGCUGCUGUGGUGACAGCAUUGUGGAGCUGAGAAAAAGUGGGACGCCACAAAGAAGGUUGUUGCCGCCUGAGCACCUACAAAGCCCACCGAGACACUUCAGCAGCUUUCUUGUCAUUCCAGAGCGAGGUCAGCUUUGGACGGGCUCCGCUGACUCAGGUGAUCUCUAUUUGUGGCACACUGAUAGCAGCACGCCUUCUUUCAAGAAGAUCUCCCUGACAGGCUGCUCAGGGGUCACCUGCAUGAUCCGCGUCAAGGACCAGAUCUGGGUCGGCUGCCGUGGAAGAAGCGGCGUAGGGGGUCAGUGUGGUGCUCAGAUGGGAGGUAAAGUGCUGGUGGUGGACCCACAGAGUCACAUGGUGGUUAAGGAGCUGCAGGCCCAUUCUGACAGCAUCCAGACACUCUGCUCUGCUGAAGAUCGCUACGUCCUCAGCGGCUCUGCGCGACGCGAUGGCAAGAUCGCCAUCUGGAAAGUAGAAUAGGAGACAGAAUGGAGAAGAGUGGGGAUAGAAUUGAUUAAAUAAAAAAUCAGAUUUCUCUGAAUCUUGAAGGUCACAUAUAUAAGAAACAUGGUGGGUGCAAAAAAAGGUUGAUUUGUUUACUUUUUUGUUUUAC